GAAAGCGUUUGUGAUCAUGUUUACGCCAAAGAUACUGUUUAAGUAUAGCGUUCAAAGAAGUUAUCACUUCCCCUCCCAGUCCCGUGCCGCUUCGAGUUAGUAGCUUAAUCUCUUUUGUGGACUGUGGAGUAGCAUACUGAUGAAACACUACCACGCCCUUAAGGAAGUCUGCACUGAAUUUUGUGCGAGAUUUAUUGUAUUGGUGAAAGAGAAACAACUGGCACAAAUUUUCGUUUGCGUUCAGUAAUUAUGUCGGAGAUCCAUGCUGAUUCUUCAUCUGCUUCUGUAUUUAGCGACUUUAAAAUUGAAUUUUGUAUCAGGCAGCCCCUCCGAAAAUUAACACGAGAUUUUCCUUGCGUAAGUAGUUCAGCUUCAGUACUUUGCUUUCGUUGUGCAAUCAUGAACGCUACAACUCAUACUCAUUACUAGUUGUAAUCCAGCAGCUGCACCGGUAGAUUACAACUUAGUUUUUGCUUUUUCAGGCAGAAUGGCAACUGGUCGACAGCAACAGGCAGGCAUAGGGCUCGGCAUCGUCGGCGAUGGUCGGGGUUGGUCUGGUGCUGCCACGCGCUCGGACGGCUUGGCGAAUCGCAGUGACAAGAUCAAUCGCCUGCGUCCGCAGGUUUUCUUCGACAUAGGAGUGGUAGGCCUUGAGACCGGUGGCGGCCCGCGAGGUAUUUACAGUGGAAGCAGCGGCAUCGUGAUCGGCGGCGACGACGACGUAGGCGCGGCUGGUGCCGUCGUGGACCGCACUAAGAAUGCUAAAACGGGCGCUACCAUCGGACGCGUGGUCUUUGAACUCUUCCAAGACGUUUGCCCGCGCACAGCCGAAAAUUUCCGCCAGCUCUGUGUCGGACUUCACUCGAGUCGCGUCACGCGCAAGAAACAAAAGCCGAUGUGCUUCCGCAACACCUUGUUUCACCGCAUUGUGCCUGACUUCUGCAUCCAGGGAGGCGACCUAGACUUGCUGAGCGGCCGAGGCGGGGAGAGCAUCUACGGCCCGUCUUUUGACGACGAGAACUUCCAAGUAAAGCAUGACAAGCCUUUCCUCCUCUCGAUGGCAAACAGCGGGAGAAACACGAACGCAAGUCAGUUCUUCAUCACCAGCAAAGCAACGCCAAGCUUGGACGGAAAACACGUGGUCUUCGGCGAGGUGAUCUCGGGAAUGGACGUAGUCUUGAAAUUAGAGGGCUACGGAACCCGUAACGGAAAGCCAUCUAGAGAAUGCCUCAUCGUUGAUUGCGGAGAGGUACUCAUCCAAAUUUUUGUUUUUGCCGAGACUUACACAGAGACAUGAAAGAAAGUUAAAGAUCCACUAUGCGCUACGAUUUUGUUGAAGUCAACAAACUUCAAACUGAUUCAUUCUGUAACCUUGAUGAUAAAAAAGAGAAGCAGAAGUAUGUGAUCGUUGUUAUCCUACGAUACAGAUCACGGACACUGCGGCUUAUAAGUUUCGUGCUCUGCAAGCAACGAAGCAGACGAAGGAAGAGAAGUUCUUAGAUGCAGCUGGGAAUCCACUGCCCGCCAAUUGGUUCAAAGUCGAGAGCAGGUCAAAGCCGGGUCUUUUUUACUACCAGCACAAGCACACGGGCACGACGCAAUUCGAUAUUCCUGUCGCGUCAACGGAGACGGGCAAAAGGCCUCGUUAUGAUUACCACGAUGACGGGGACCAAUCCGGUAGCACCGCCGUUGUGAAGCGCAGCCGCACGGACCAUGACAGGCAAGGAGGAAGUGGAGCAGUGGUCUCAGCAUCGUCAUCGGGGAAGAAAGCGGGCGUUUCGACAUUGAUGAAUAGUGACCGUGCUUGUCGUGGAAGUGACGAAAUCCGCAUUCUGAUCUUCGAAAAACGACACCGUGACUUCUUCGGCAAAGCUUCGAAAUCGUGGCGACAGAAAGAAAUCAACCUUACGCAGGAGGAGGCGCGUCAGAAGCUGAGCACAUUGCGAGAAAAAUUUCAGAACGCGGAGAUUGGAGGGGGAAUCACCGCACUCAAAACCAAGUGGCUCAACAUGUCCACCAUGGAGAACGACUGCGACAAACAGUACUGGGUGCUAGGACCUAUUCGGAAGGGUCAACUGACAGCAGUCUUCGACAAGAAAGUGGAAGAGGAAGCGUUCAAACUGAAGAAAGGCGACCUAAGCGAAGUCUUUGCCAUCUUUAACGCACAAGUCAUCCUUUUUCGCUUGGAAUGAAGAUAAAACAAAAGUUUCAGGACAUGACUUUCAUGACCACAAGCGUCAAAUCUCAUCUCACUCCCCAUCCCCGCUAGUACGCAGAACUCUUACUGCAAUAGGACGACAAGAAAGCUUGUUGUACCAGUACAAUAAGAAUCAACUCGAUAGUUUGUCAUCGCGACCUUGGU